AUGGACAAACUCAGAGUCUCAGUCUCAGUCUCAGUCCCAGACCGAAAGGAGGCAAAGAACCAUGGCAUCCAUUUCUUCAAUCCUUCUUCAAGUUCUCGUCAUACAGUUUCUGGUAGCACUAGGUGUUUCACAAUGUCCGAGCUUCUAUUAUUUCGGGCAAGAGGUCAGUAUGUAGUGUUCCCGGCCGGAGAAGACGACCCUCUUAUUGCUGCUUUAAGAGGGCUGAUCAGGCGAAUGCAACGCAACUGGUCAUCAUUUUCCUGCCCAAGCAGCAACAGCGAGUCGUUCUGGGCUUACCAGUGGAAGAAAUACGGGACCUGUUCAUUGCCCACCUUCGGUACUCAACAUGCAUACUUCAAAGCAGCUCUCGACUUAAAGGACAGAGUGGAUCUCCUCCAGAUCCUUGAGGACGAAGGAAUCAAACCCACCGGACAAUAUUACAGUCGGGAGAAAAUCAUCCAAGCCGUCCGAACGGCAACCGGAUAUACUCCCUCGGUGGUCUGCUCAGACGACAAGUUUGGGCGCAAUCAGCUCUACGAAAUUCACCUGUGCGUGGAUAAAUCUGGGUCUCACUUCAUCGAGUGCCCGGUCUACUUCACGCCCACCUGUAAUUCCAUCGUCAGAUUUGCUCCUUUCGAUGAUGAUGCAGCUGUUGGAGGGAUCUACCUUCCUUCCUGA